AUGUCUAGUGAUCGCCAAAGAACCUUUUUCGAUAUCUCCAUUGGUGGCACUCCAAAGGGAAGAAUUGCCUUUGAGUUAUACAAUGACAUUGUUCCAAAGACUGCUGAAAAUUUCAGGGCCUUGUGUACUGGUGAAAAAGGCGUUGGUGCAUCUGGAAAACCAUUACAUUACAAAGGAAGUAUUUUCCACAGAGUUAUUAAGGAUUUUAUGAUCCAAGGUGGGGACUUCACUAAUUUUAAUGGUACUGGUGGGGAAUCUAUUUAUGGAGAAAAGUUUGAAGAUGAAACCAAGGAACUGAAACACGAUAAACCUUUCUUGUUAUCCAUGGCCAAUGCUGGUCCAGACACCAAUGGCUCUCAAUUUUUCAUCACCACCGUUCCAACCCCACAUUUGGAUGGUAAGCACGUCGUGUUUGGUAAGGUGAUAAGUGGUAAGGGUCUUGUGAGAUCCAUUGAGCGCAUGGAAACUCAAAGUGAUAAACCAUUGCAAGAUGUUGUCAUCGAAAACUGUGGUGAAUUGUCUCCAGAAGAAGAAAUCAGUGUUGGCGGUGUUGAUGAUGGUACUGGUGAUAUUUACGAAGACUACUUGCAAGAUGAUGAUCAAGUGAACAUGGAAGACCCUGAAUCUGUCUUCAAGGCUAUUGAGAGCGUCAAGAGUAUUGCCACCAAGUUGUUCAAGGCUGGUGAUAAUGAAAAAGCUUAUCAAAAAUACAACAAAGUCAUGAAUUAUGUUGAUGAAUACUUCCCAGAUGACUUGUCGGAGGCCAACAUUGAAAGAUUGAAUAAAUUGAAGUUAUCGGCGUAUUUGAACGUUGCUUUGGUUGGUUUAAAGGUUGGCAAAAAUAAGGAAGUUAUUAAGGCCUCAACUAACGCUCUAGCAAGUGAAGUUAUUGAUGACAAACAAAAGGCUAAGGCUUUAUACAGACGUGGUUUGGGCUACUCCAAUGCUAAAGAUCCAAAUAACGCUUUGGAAGAUUUGAGCGAGGCCGAAAAAUUGAAUCCUGGUGAUGCCGCCAUUUCAAAAGCUAUCCAAGACGUUAAGAAAGCGGAGAAAUUGAGAAAGCAGAAAGAAAAAAACGCUAUGGCUAAGUUCUUCUCUUGA